AUAAAAGCCACAUUGUGAUACACACCGAGUCACAGUCUGAAUUUGACAGUUCACAAAAGCUUCACAAACUUUCAAACAUUUAAACAAUAGAAAACUACCAAGUAAAAUACAGUUUAAUUAAUAAUACUCUCUCGUUCGAUUUCAUUCAAGAACUAGAACUGAAAAUGUUUCCCAUCCGAUCUUACGACAACUUUUACGACCAUCCUUUCCGCAUGUUCAACCAGAACUUUGGAACUGGUCUGAUGGAUUACGACUUGCCUCCGAUGUGUCCCAUUUUGCCAGCUCAUCCCGGCUGGGCCCUCACCCACCAUCAACGCCCACGCCGCCUCCACACCCCCCAACAAAGUGGAUUUUCUGAAGUCCAGUGCACCAAGGACAAGUUUGAGGUCAAGUUGGAUGUUCAUCAAUUUCAACCUGAAGAAGUCCAAGUGACGACCGUUGAUAACUACGUCGUCGUCGAGGGAAAGCAUGAGGAGAAGGAGGACCCCCACGGCUACAUCUCUCGUCAGUUCAAGCGUCGCUAUCUCCUCCCAGAAAACGGGAAGUCGGACAAGGUCGUCUGCAACCUGAGUUCGGAUGGCGUUCUGGUCAUCACGGUGCCACGCGCGGAGGCGAUCACUGACGGCAAGGAGAAAGUCCUUCCCAUCAACCAGACCGGAGUUCCAGCUCUUGCCAGUUCUUGCGCCAAAUCCUGCGCCAACAAACCUUGCGCCAAAACGUGCGACAAGGCAGAGAACGGAUGUGGAGAGAAAAAGAACUGAAAUGGGGGGGGCGGCGAUCUACAUUAAUUAGUUCCCAAUGAAUUUUAAUAUUUCAAAUCUUUUCACCUAAGUAGCUAAUUUAUUUCAUCAAUUAAUUUUGUUUUCCAUGAACAAUUUUGAGCUUUGCUAAAUGUGUUACCUUCACGAACUAGAUUAUUUCUAUCAAUAAUUAAAGUUAGAUAUUUCAGUUAAGGAAAAGGUUAGGAUAUUAUAAACGAGUUGGGGAUUUGAGUUAUACCCGUGAUAAUUUAUCUUAAGUCAAUAAUAUUCUUUAAUAUAAGUCUUCUAAUAUGAACUAGUAAGUCGAUUGUAUUUUCAUAUAAAUUUUUGUCAUUCCUGGUCAAUUAUUGGUUGCAAAUAAAUAAGUAGUCUUUGAAACCAUA